CCGCUUCCGCUACCACACAGUCACGAGGACAAGCUCCUUAUCGCCAGUUUAGUCGGCGACCUGGACAAGCUGGACAUUGUCCAGCAGUUGCGCGCCGACCCGUACUGUCGCGAAUGGGAAGCAUACAGCGCGUUUGUGGAUCCUGCGGAUCGGGCGCACAGGCUUACGACCGGCCCCAUGGCUGGCACAAGAGGCUUGCCCGUGCAGCGCGUCUUCUGGAACGAGGCUACAGGCGAAGCAACCACUGUAGUGUUUAUUGGCGGCGGCUUGGGCGGCUGGCCGGGCGUCACGCAUGGCGGAGCGUUGGCGACGUUGCUGGAUGAGAGCUUAGGGCGGGUUGCUGCGAAGAGCAUGCCCGCCAGGACGGCCGUCACAGCCAACCUCGAACUGCAAUACCGCGCACCAACACUCGUCAACCGCUUCUACGUCAUCAAAGCCGGCCCUGUGCACCCUGAUAGUCGAACCGACCGGAAAGCCUGGGUGAACGCCACGCUCGAGACCAUUGACGGGCGUGUCUGCGUGGAGGCCAAAGGCCUCUUUGUUGUGCCCAAG